CAACACUGUGUCAGAACUGUCGGACGUCAGUUUAAUGUCAAAUGGAUAGUUUUUCACGGUGAUUAUUAUUCUUUAUCAAUUUUCAACUAAUUUUGCCCGACAUUUCAUUUAAUGAUUAUUUUUCAGUUUGCUACAACGGACUAUUUUCAGGGAACAUCAAGUUGAAGAUGCAAAGCGUUUGACACGUGCGUCUACUCCAACCUAACCUCAAAAGAUGACAUCUAUUCCGGUUGCUGCCCGUAGCUCCUCUGGAGUCAGCGUGUUCCUGGGCCCCCCAACGUUUGGCAAUGAAGAGCGAUUUUCACCUGUGCAAAGCAAAAACUGCAAAGCUCUGUUGUUCAGCCCAGAUGGGAAAUAUCUGGCCUAUGUGAAUAACCAAACAACAAAGAUCAUCCAUACUGAAGACUGGAAAGAUGUAGCUACAAUAGAAAACACAAAAGCUUAUCACAUAGCUUUUUCACCAAAGAGCACAUUUUUGAUGAGCUGGGAGCCUUUUACAGUUAGUAAUGCUAAUCCUCAAGGGACUCCAAAUUUACAUGUCUACAAAAGUGAAAAUGGAGAGCUUGUCAAGAGCUUCAUCCACAAGAAACAAGUUAACUGGGAGCCCCAGUGGAGUGCUGAUGAAAAACUCUUCUCAAGGAUUGUGAAUACAGAUCUAGUAUUUCAUGAAGAUCUCAACUUUGACAAGGUGGCAGCCAGAAUCAACAGCUACAAAGUUGCUUCCUACAAGUUGUCACCAAAUGUGGGAACAUACUUUGUUCUUUGUCAUACCCCUGGGAGCCCUGGGCAACCAUCAUUUGGGAGGUUAUUCAAGUACCCUAAUUUUGAUGCCCAGCAAAGUAUGACAAACAAAAGUUUUUUCCAAGCAGAUAAUCUUGAAGUAUAUUGGAACUUCAAAGGUAGCAAUGCCCUUUUGCUAACAUCAACAGAAGUAGAUAAAACUGGAGGCUCUUACUAUGGCAAACAGGGACUUCAUUUCAUGGGACUAAAUGGUCAAAGUUCUAUGAUCACACUGAGUAAAGAAGGUCCUAUCUAUAGUGUUGAGUGGUCGCCUAAAAAUCAAGAGUUUUGUGUAGUUUAUGGCUUCAUGCCAGCUAGGGCAACCAUAUUCAACUUGAAGUGUGAGCCUGUUUUCGAAAUGGGAGCUGGGGCAAGGAACUCAAUCUAUUACAAUCCACAUGGCAACAUAUUGCUGCUGGGGGGUUUUGGAAAUUUGAGAGGCGGCAUCGAAAUUUGGGAUGCUGUCAACAAAAAAAAGAUCAGUACUUGUGAAGCACCAGAUUCUACACUUCUUGAAUGGGCUGCAGAUGGAGAACACUUUUUGACUGCCACAACUGCUCCAAGAUUGAGGAUCAGUAAUGGAUAUAAAAUCUGGCAUUACUCUGGAGCAUUACUGCAUGAAAAACCGUCUCCACAGAACGAAGAACUGUAUGGGGUUUCUUGGAAGAAAUACCCUAAAAAUGCAUUCCCCGAGCCGGCGAUAUCGGAUAAAAAGGUUAAAGGCAUAGCUUCCAAUCAACCACAGGCUUCUACUCAGGCUUACAGACCACCUUCAGCGAGAAAUAGGCCGCCAGUUAGGUUCAGUCUUGAUGAUGAUGAUGUACCUGCUAAGCCAGGUAAAGACUCUGCCCCAUCAAAAGCCUCAAUCAAGAAUAAGAAGAAAAGGGAAGCAAAAAAAGCUAAAAAGCAAGAAGAAGGUAUAGAAGAGGAGCCGAAAAUCGUCAGUAAGGUUACUAUCAAUUUGACAGGAGAUCCGGAAGCUGACAAGAAAUUGAAGAGUAUCAAAAAGAAACUGGAUGCGAUCGAAAAAUUAAAACAAGACCAAGCGCAAGGAAAACCUCUACAAAUCAAUCAACUCGAGAAGAUCAAAGGCGAAACGGCGCUGUUGGAAGAAUUACAAAAACUCACAAUGUGAUUAUUUUUUUUAUCGUUUUAUUAUUCAUGUUUUUAAUAAAUGAUAUUACGACAGUUGAAUAAUAACAAAAUCUAUUUUAUUA